AAAAGACACAAACCAAAGAAGGCCUGAGACAGGUCCGCAAGGACAAGGUUUUCUGUACCAUAGAAAACAGUUUCAAACAAUCUUACAAGAGGUGGGUGGUGUAAAAAAUCCCAGAAAGAAACAGUAAUCAAUCGGGUUGAUUUCUUCACAUAGAAGUAGAGGUAGAAAGCAUGAGAUAGAGACACCCAUGAAUGAUCUAAAGGUGCAAGGAGAGAGUAGAUAUAACUGAGAAAAAGACCGGACCCUCCUCUUGUUGCCAUUUGGAUAUAUUUUGACAAGAAAGCUUCGAUCUUUUGUCUCAGUGUGCCUCUUUUCCUUAGCUUUGAGUUUGGCUCCAAGUGAAUUUCAAAGGCAAAACUGAGAAUGGUCUGAAAGAGGUUUUGCAUGGCGAGCCAUAGAGUUGGGGAGACAGAGCCUUCAAGCAGCCACAACCAACAUGUUCCUUAUGCUGUUCUUCAUGGAAUGAAUGGUCCUACUAGUUUCAUAAAUCAACAAGGAUCUGCUUUUGAUUUUGGAGAGCUAGAAGAGGCAAUUGGUCUUCAAGGAGUUAAGAUUGGAAAUGAUGAAGCCAAAGCACCUUUAUUUACAGCAGGCAGACCUGCAGCUACUCUGGAGAUGUUCCCUUCUUGGCCAAUAAGAUUUCAGCAAACCCCAAGAGGAAGUUCAAGGUCAGGAGGAGAAAGCACAGAUUCUGGCAGUUCAGCAUUGAACACCCUCUCAAGCAAAGCUGAGGCUCAUCUGCUUGAACCUGAAUCUCCCAUUAGUAGAAAGGCAUCUUCUUCAGAUCACCACCUCAACCAGCAGCCGGCACCACAUCAAGUUCAACAACAGAUAAACAUGGAUGCCUCAAGAACGCGAACAUCACAGGAUCGAUCAGCUGCUAACCCACCCCAUGAAAAGAGAAGGAAUUCAACUUCUGAUAAACAACUUGAUGCUAAGACACAGAGACGUUUGGCACAAAACAGAGAAGCUGCAAGGAAAAGCCGUCUGAGGAAGAAGGCCUAUGUGCAGCAGCUAGAAUCUAGCAGAAUUAAGUUAACUCAGCUAGAACAAGAACUUCAGAGAGCCAGAUCUCAGGGACUUUUCUUGGGAGGAUGUGGUGGUACUAUGGGAAAUAUCAGCUCUGGAGCUGCAAUAUUUGACAUGGAGUAUUCAAGGUGGCUGGAGGAUAAUCAACGGCUCAUGUCGGAGCUGAGGACGGCACUGCAAGCUCAUCUACCGGACGGUGAUCUCAGGGUGAUCGUCGAUGGAUGCAUCACACAUUACGAUGAAAUUUUCCGGCUGAAGGGAGUGGCUGCAAAGUCUGAUGUGUUUCACCUCAUAACUGGCAUGUGGACUACUCCAGCUGAGCGGUGCUUCCUCUGGAUGGGUGGCUUUAGGCCCUCUGAACUCAUCAAGAUGUUGAUGUCACAGUUAGACCCCUUAACAGAGCAACAAGUGAUGGGUGUAUACAGCCUGCAGCAUUCCUCACAACAGGCAGAGGAGGCACUCUCCCAGGGCCAGGAGCAGCUUCAACACUCCCUAAUUGACACCAUUGCUGGUGCACCUGCCAUUGAAGGAAUGCAACAGAUGGUUGUUGCUUUAGGAAAACUUGCCAAUCUUGAAGGCUUCGUUCGCCAGGCUGAUAAUUUGAGACAGCAAACCCUUCACCAACUUUGCCGAAUAUUGACCGUUAGACAGGCGGCGCGAUGUUUUCUGGUGAUCGGAGAGUACCAUGGGCGACUACGGGCACUAAGUUCAUUAUGGGCAUCCCGUCCAAGAGAGACCUUGAUUGGCGAUGAUAAUUCAUGCCAAACAACUACGGAUUUGCAAAUGGUUCAACCCCCACAGAAUCACUUCUCCAACUUUUAAUCAAGAAUCAUCAGCAAUCCAGGCUGAUGGGUGAUUAAAUACUUGAUGUUCAAGAUGAUACAACCGUGUUCUGGAUUUUAGUAUCUUGAUCAAACUACUUUAGAGAUAGGUUCUCUGUCUUUUUUUUUCUCCCUUUUUUUUUCCUUAUGCUCUUAAGAUCUUUGUAUUUUAAAGCUAUCUUUGUAAAUGUAUAUCAAUUUCAAUAUGCAAGAGGAAGUUUCUGCUUCCUUUGAGAAAUUUAGAGAACAAUUAAUGGAAAAUUUGAGG